GCCCCCAUUGUUACUUGUUGGUUAACUUGUCGAAAUUGAGUCGACGUGCUUGGAAAUUAUCCUUCUGGAAUUUUGUACGUUUAUCCUGUAUGAUUUACCAAAAUGCCUCCUAAAAAAGCAGCAGCAGGACCUAGUAAGAAAAAUGUAGAGAAGAAGAAGGACAAAGUAAUAGAGGAUAAGACUUUUGGUUUGAAGAAUAAAAAAGGAAAUAAACAGCAGAGGUUCAUCAACACUGUCACUGCUCAAGUCAAGUUUGGAAACCAGAAAGAUCAGAAAAAGGCUGCUGAACUAGGGCAGAAAAUUGCCAAGAAAGAUGCAAAGAAAAAGGAAGCAGAGGAGCUCAACAUGCUCUUCAGACCAGUCAUGGAAGCUCAGAAGCUAGCAAAAGGAGUUGACCCCAAGUCUGUAUUGUGCGCCUUCUUCAAGCAAGGGUCGUGUUCCAAAGGAGACCGGUGUAAAUUCUCUCAUGAUCUCAACAUAGAGCGUAAGGCAGAGAAACGUAGCGUGUAUGGUGAUGGAAAAGAGGAGGAACUAGCCAAUGACACCAUGGAUAACUGGGAUGACGAGAAAUUAAUGGAAGUAGUCAGCAAGAAACAUGGAGAUGCUAAUGAGAGCAAAACCAAAACAGAGAUUGUUUGCCGAUUCUUCAUUCAAGCAUUGGAGAAUAUGAAGUAUGGAUGGUUCUGGUCUUGCCCAAACGGUGAGAAAUGUAAAUACAAGCAUGCCCUUCCUCCUGGCUUUGUACUCAAGAAAGAUAAGAAGAAGAUGGAGGAACAGGAGGAGGAUUCAAAGAUAUCAUUAGAAGAGCUUAUAGAGGAUGAGAGGAAUAAAUUAACUGGUAACCUGACUAAGAUCAACCUACAAACCUUCAUGCAAUGGAAGAAAAGGAAGAUAGCUGAGAAGGUGGAAAAGCUGGAGGCAGAUCAAAAUAAGAAACGAAAUGAACUCAAACAAGGCAAAUCACUUGGGGUUACAGGACGUGAGCUCUUCUCAUUUAAACCUGAGAUGGUCGGUGAAGAUGACGAUGAAGGAGACGUCUUUACUUACAAACGAGAAGAGGAGGAUGAUGAAGAGGAUCCAGUGAAUGUACAAGAAGUGAGUAUAGAAGCAUUUGCGGCCUUAGCGAUGGAGGUUGAUACGUCUUCUUCACACAUCACCAGUAGACUUGAUGCUCCUCAGCCCGCUGUUAAUGGCCAUGAAGAUGAUGAAUCGGGUAAACUGGAUCAAGCUGCUGCCAUACUCCCUGACGAAGAACCAACGUUAGGUGCCAUCGCAGCAGCAGAGGGCGCUCUAGCAAACGGAGGUGAUAUCGACAUCGAUGAAGACCUGUUUGGUGCGGAAUGCGACAUUGAAUUAGAUGAAAUUGACCUCGACGAUUAAACUUCAUGAAAUUGACCUCGACGAUUAAACUUCAUGAAUUUGACCUCGACGAUUAAACUUCAUGAAUUUGACAUCGUGUAACAAUGCCUUUUGAAUAUCAUGAAACCAGCUAUAAGGAAGAUUCCAGCAUCAUCGGUGAUAGCCAUUAUGAAAGAAAGGACAUGGACGACUCCUACCUUACUGUAUCUUGUCAAGUCAUCAAUGACCCUUGACCUAUACUGUAUGGUUACAGGCACAAGAUCUCAAGAGACAUCACUACCUUAAACAGUGAGCCUUAGUCCCAGGGUGACUAGGAUAACUCUAUUUGUAGUUUGAGCCACAUCUCUGCGCAUUAAUGGGAAAUGGGGUCCCGUGAUGGGACCAACCCCUGGACCCUUCAAAAUUGAAUAUGAAGACUUCUGUGUGUAAUCUGAACUGCUUAUCAACUAACAAGACCCCCUCCCAUCAAUCCAGAAUGUUGAGAUAGACUGCUCUUGGAAAACAAGGAAAAUCAGUCUGACAGAUGUGUGGUCUUUGUUUUUUCAUGUGGGUUUUUCUCCCCACUGAGAAAGAUCGUGAUCGUGACUGGCUCAUCCGCAGUCAUAUUGACUGUUAUGCAUGAUAAUGAGUUCAAGCUACAGUCACUGAUCGGUUGCUACCCUAGUUAAUUAGAAGUUAGGCACAUAACAAGGUAUUAUCGCACUUCAAAUGAUAACUUUCUUUAAUCCAAUUUUUAAUUUCAAAUUUGUUGCUGAAAGUGCUCAUUUGUCACUAUGGAAGGAUUUGAUUUAUUUGCAAUGAUAAUCACAUGGAAUAGGGAGGGGUUGAUAUUUCAUUAGAAAGAAUAAGUGUUGCCAAUUUCAACACCUACAGGUAACUCAAAGGUUUCCUCACGGUGCAAAUUCUCUGAAUAAGCAUCUAAGCAGAUAUCUUAUCUUUGUUCAGGAAAAAUUUAUUUGAACUCUGAAGAGCAUUGGAAUGUUUUAAAUAUUAUUCAAUCUGGUUUGGUAUCUUUUAUCAAAUUUAAUAUCUUUUAUCUUGUAUUGAAAAUCAAAUGAACUGUGAAAAGUUUUACUCAUACGUUUAUGUAUACAAAUCAAGAACUUAAUAAAUGAGCAGAGAAAAUAUCUAUCGAGGUAAAGCUGUAAAGUAAAUCCUAUUCGCCCUUGCAUAAUGAUUCUUCUUCGUAAAUUAAUUAUUAAAUGUAAAACACAUGGUAUUGUAAUACAUGUAGGUUUUAGUUGUUUGCUGCAAGACUGGUUACCAUAUACUUCACCUGACCUAGCACCAUGAAUAUACUCAACUAGAAUAUUGGAUCAUGUCCAAGAAUAUGAUACACUGUACAUGUAGGUAAAGUUUUGAGAAGAAAAUGUUUGUGCAUUAUAUGUACAUGUAGAUGGCUUUGCACUCUUAUGCAGGGUAGUCACAUUCUCUUUUCUCAAAUAAUUACCAAACAUUUAGAAUUGAAUUUGUUAAGCUCCAUUUUCCUCAUUGAAGUAAUUCAGAGCAUGGAAAGAAUGUAACCUUUUUAGGCCAAAACUUGUUUGUCAUAAAACAAUUGAGCUGCUUGUGAAAUUAUACUGAGAAAUGAUAAUCACCAGUCUUCCAAUGUGCAUUGUUCAAGUACUGGUAAAUGUAUCUGAUUUCUCUGUCCCUUGAUAGAAAAGUCUUGAUAAGUUGGCAAUUUCUACACAGGAAGCAUGACAUAAGAAAAGAGCUAAUAAUGUGGUCUUAAAAAAUAAGAUAUGUGUACCUGUAAUCUUAAAGAGAAGGUUGAGUUCUGGGGAGAGGUGAAAAACAAUUUGUGAGCUUUUUCAUUGUUAUUAUGCAAGUGUGGAAGAACAGCAGAGAAAAAGUGUUCCCUAAAAAGCAUGGACUCUUCAAAUGCCUUCAUAUUCUGAAUAUGGCACGUACACUGUAACAGCUUAAAAAUGAGGACCACAUUUUUAUGCCACAUGAAAGUGUAAUCCCAUAUACACCUUUCUGUGAACAGUGCUUGUUACUUUUACCAUAACUUGGCCAAAUUUCUGAUAAUUUUGAUGAUUCCAGAACCUUGCAGAACCUUGCAGUACACGCCAAUACAUGCUACAUGAUCAACUUUUUCUGAUCGAUUCCACACCGUUUCUUUCACAAUGCAAUCGCAUGACCAGAACUCAACUUUAACUUUAAACAAGUGAAGCCACAUAAUAUAUGUGCAGAACUUGUAUAAUUAUACCAUAAGAGUAAUGUCAUCUAUUGAAAAAUUAACUGUUGUAUUUGCAUGUUAUUCUUUGAUGCUUCUUUAAGAUUCAUUAAUUAUUCAACUUUUCUUCAUUUUCUUGUUCUAGAUCAGGGCUGUGUCUUAUAAGCAGUUUUAAUUAAUCGCAACUAUGUACAUAAGAGUAGGAGACUGUAAACUUGCGAAUGAUUGGAGGACUUGGGAUUGAUUCAGAUCAGUUGCAAGUCUUAAUGAGUGACACAGGGCCCUUUUGUCCAAUGAGGCAUAUAUUUGUCUUUUGGUAAGCCAAAAUGUUAAUGAAAUCCUGGAAAGAUAGCAUUGUUAUACAAUGCCAUCAAUGAUUAUUAUUAUUUAACUCUUUUUAUAUAUUUGUUUUCUCUUUGGCUAUAAAGCAGAGUUUGCAAAUGUGUUUACCUUAAAGUAAUAUUUCCCUGUAUGAUAUAUCGUGCCCUUGGAUGAUGUAUGCACCGACGCUGCAAAUUUUUAAUUUCAUGUGUAUUUUACAAUCAUAAUGAUAAUAUGCAGUGCAUGCAUCACACAGAUUACUCCACCACACAUACAGGUUGACCAGUCAUGAAAGUCAAUGCUUGAUUAAAUUGAAUGUAUUGAUAAUAUCUGGCUUCAAGUUGAGUUGACGUGUGGAAUUUAAAUAAAUACAGAUAUAUAUGUACAUGUA